UUUAGAUAAGAGUACUUAGAACUUAGAAGUAUGUGCAUAUAUGUUUAGCUAUCAUAACUUUCCUUAUGUAUGUAGGGUUGAGAGCUGGGAGACACUGAUGAUGAGUGCUUUGGCCAGGCCGAUUACGUUUGCAGUGAUGCGUGCAAUGAAAAUAGCUGCUGCCACUUCAAUUGCUCGAAGAAGUCUACGGCAUCCAGAAUGCCUGACCGUCUCGACAAUUCUUCGAAUGAUGUCAUCUUCAGUCCAGUCCCAGCAGAAGUCAUCAACCAAACUGGUUCAUCUGGAAGAGGAUUCACAGUCAUCACGGAUCCGUAACAUUGGAAUCAUGGCUCACAUAGAUGCUGGAAAAACUACGACUACUGAGCGCAUGCUGUACUACUCUGGAUAUACGAAGUUUAUGGGUGAAGUGGACCAUGGUGACACAGUGAUGGACUACAUGAGCCAGGAGAGACAGCGAGGAAUAACAAUCACCUCAGCUGCAAUCACGCUAUUCUGGAAAAAACACAGAGUCAAUGUUAUUGACACACCAGGUCAUGUUGAUUUUACGCUUGAAGUAGAGCGUUCUCUGAGGGUGCUGGAUGGUGCUAUAGCCAUUUUGGAUGGUUCAGCUGGUGUGGAAGCGCAAACUCUAACUGUCUGGAAACAGGCAAACAGGUACGGAAUACCCCGCAUUAUAUUCCUGAACAAGAUGGAUAAGAAUAAUGCGGAUGUUAAUCCAUGCCUUCAAUCACUCAAGGACAAGCUAAACUGUGUUCCCAUACAAACCCAACUUCCCAUUGGGAAGGGUAAAAACUUCCAAGGUGUUGUUGAUCUCGUCUCCAUGGUAGCAUAUAAAUGGGAAGCCGGGAGUUCAGACGAUGGACAAAGCUACAUGCAGAGAAAUUUGAUGCCAAAAUCUGGAGAGCUAUUUGAUAACGCGUUGGACGCAAGGAACAAGAUGGUGGAAUGUAUAGCUGAUCUUGAUGAUGGCAUUGCAGAGCUAUUACUUUCCCGCGAGGAUGCGAACAAGAUCAGUGCAGAAGAACUGGAGUCGGGAAUGCGUAGGCUAACUCUUGCCAAUAAAGGUUUUCUCGUCUUUCUAGGAAGUUCGUUCAAGAAGAAAGGUGUUCAGAUGCUGCUGGACGCUGUUGUCAAGUAUUUACCUUCUCCAUUAGACAGAGACUACUCCUUUGCAAAGCAUUAUGAAGGAAACCUGUGUGCGCUUGCUUUUAAAAUUGCCUACGACAAACAGAGAGGACUACUCUCAUAUGUCAGAGUAUACUCUGGAUCCCUGGCGAGCAAAGCUGAGAUCUACAACAUGAACCGAGACUGCAGGGAACAUGUGCAACGAGUUUACGAACCUUACGCCGACGACCUCAAGGAAGUGCCUGCGGUUGCCGAGGGAAACAUCGCCGUGGUUACGGGCAUGAAGCAUACGGUAACAGGUGACACGCUCGUGACAAGUGCGGUCGUUGCCAAAGCGGCUCACAGGAAGGCUCAGGUGAAAAACAAAGAUGCCAGCUUGUCGUCGGUGCUGCCCGGCAUGAACGUGCCCGAUCCCGUGUUCUUUUGCACCAUCGAGCCUGCAUCUCUCUCACACCAGAAGCCUCUCGAGGUUGCUCUCGAACAUCUCCAGAAGGAGGACCCAAGCCUUCACGUAACGAUCGAUGCGGAUACGGGCCAGACCGUCCUCUCGGGAAUGGGCGAGCUCCAUCUGGACAUCAUCAUUGACAGGAUAAAGACGGAGUACAAGGUCGACUGCGACCUCGGUCCGCUGCAGGUCGCGUACCGGGAGACCGUCUUGACGGACGUGACGAAGACGCUGACGCUGGAUCGCACUCUCGGCAAUGUCCGACACCAGGUGUCGCUGACGCUGUCCUGCGUGCCGAUGCCGGACGCGGGCGUCGUCACGUCGGUCCGACUUGUAAACACCAAGGACAGCAACCUGGGAACGAUCCGCAGGGAUCACCUACAGGCGGUGGAGAGCGGCGCCGUGUCAGCAUGCAUGUACGGUCCAAUGCUUGGGUUCAAGGUCGUAGAUGUCGGCUUGAGGCUCCAUGCCAUCGAGGUUGGACGGGGAACCUCUGUAGCCAUGAUUGCGUCGUGUGCGUCCGAGUGUGCGUCUCAGGCCCUCCGUGAGGCUAAUAUGCAGCUGAUGGAGCCCGUGAUGCUACUAGAGAUCAGCGUCGAGGAGCGCCACCUACAUGGAGUUAUCGCCGACUUGUCGCGCCGGCGGAGUCACUUGUUGCAGAUUGAGCCGCGUGCGAAUUACCGCGUCGUGCACGCGAAGACGCCACUGUCGGAGCUGAUGGGCUACUCGACGGCAAUGCGCACUCUCACAUCGGGAACCGGCAGCUUCUCGAUCGAGCUCGAUAGCUAUCAGCCGAUGACACACGACGAGGAGGGCAGGGUGUACGAGCGUGUGACAGGGUUCACGCGUCCCAUCGGCUAGCUGGCUGUCCGUGCGUGUGUGCGUGCGUGCGUGCGUAUGGUGACACAGAAUGAACAGGGUGUGGGUGUACGAGCGUGUGACUGAGUUCACACGUCCCAUCGGCUAGCUGGCUGUCCGUGCGUACUGGCGUGCGUAUGGUGACACAGAAUGAACAGGGCAGGAUGUUCGAACGUGUGACAGGGUUCACGAGUCCCAUAUCAGCUAGUGGUGUGUUAAUAAAAAAUUUGUGCAAACACA